AUGGACACAAAAGCAACCCCAGAUGUUGAGAAAUCCAUUUCUUCUUCGAAAUUGUCACCAGCGGACAAUCACGAUGUAGCACAUGCUCACGUCGUCCUAAUCCCCAAGCCUAGUACCCACCCCCGGGACCCUCUGAGCUGGUGUCAACACCGCAAGCACAUGAUCCUAGCAGUAUUAUGCCUCGCCUCAUUUGCCGGCGCAAUCGCGCCCUUGUCCGGCCAACUCAACCUCGCUGACCAAGAAAAGCUAUACAACAAAUCAAAGAUUGAAGAAUCAUACGCAAACUCAGCCGCCCUAGCAGGCAUGGCGGCUGGUCCAUUCUUCUUCGCCCCAAUUGCACACAGACUAGGGCGCAGCUCUGUAAUCUUCUGGUGUGUGGCUUGCACAACAGUAUGUCAGAUCUGGGGUGCGGUGAUGACAAACCCGAAAAAUUACAUUCCCUACGUGAUGUCGCGGCUCUUUGCCGGUUUCUUCGGCGCAGUGCCUACAGUACUUGGACCGCGUAUCGUUACCGAUCUAUUCUUUCUGCAUCAGCGGGGUCGUGCAUUUACUGUUCUGCAUAUGGCUUUCUUGUUCGGGACUAUUGCCGGACCUACGUUCUCCGGAUUCGUCUCUGCGCACUCUUUCUUCCCGGUGGAGUUCUGGUGGACGGUUGGAUUACUAGGAUUCACACUGCUCUGCUGCUUCUUCUUCCUCGAAGAAACUGGUUUUGAUCGUACGUGCUUUGAAAAGAACCCAGAUAUCCCAAACGGGAGAAUUGCCAAUCGAAUCGCGACAUUCUUCCCUGGCAACCGGGUUGUAGGGCCGACAACAUGGAAAGAAACAGCCCAAAUCGGCCUAACCCCCCUCCUAAUAGGCCUCUGCCCAGCAACAAUAAUAAUGGGUACAUUCACCCUAAUAUCCUUCGGCUUCUACGUAGGCGUGAACGCCCUCACGCCAGUGUGGCUACAGAAGCCAGUAAGCGCAGGCGGGUACGGCUUCAGCCUGGAACAAAACGCAGCAUUCACAUUUAGCCACUGGAUAGGCAUAAUCGUCGUCCAAUUCUACGGCCACUGCCUCAACGACUCAGUACCCUUUUACCUGGCACGGCGCUUCAACAACGGAGUCUGGAAGCCCGAGUAUAGACUGCACGUGUUGUGGCUUCCCAGUCUUGUGCUUAAUCCAAUCGGAUUGGGGAUUUUCGGGGCAGCGUUGCAGUAUAAUCUGCAUUAUAUGGUGCUUGCGCUGGGGGUUUUCAUUGUUACGAUUGGGUCUCUUGGGAGUGUGCCUGUUACAGUUAAUUAUAUUGUUGAGUGCUUCAAGGGGUAUCCUGCUGAGGUGGGGGUUGUUGUUGGGGCUUAUCGCAUUGUUUAUGGGUUGACUAUUGGGUUUUAUAUUGACGGGUGGGUAGAGGGUGUUGGGGUUGGGUGGGUUUAUGGGAUGAUGGCUUUUUUUGCGGUUGUUUCCUUCUUCUUUGUUAUGUUACUUAUGUGGAAGGGGGAGGUGAUAAGGAGGAUUAGGUUUGGGGGAUUGGGGUCCAGUGAGGAGGGUGAACGGUUGGUUGGGGAGUAA